AUGGGUCCAGGAGGCCAGACACUGGAAGUGAUGUCAGAGAUGUGCAUGCCAUGUGGUCCUGACAAUAAGGGACGUUGCUUUGGCCCCAGUAUCUGCUGUUCUGAAGAGCUCGGCUGCUACAUAGGAACCUCUGAGAGUGCACGCUGUCUGGAGGAAAGUUUUUUGUCUUCUCCAUGUGAGGCUAGUGGUCGAGUCUGUGGACUGGAAGAAGAUGGACACUGUGCAGCACCUGGGAUCUGUUGUGAUGAAGAGAGCUGUCACAUGGAUGCCAUAUGCUCACAAGGAGAAAUUUACAGUAGCCACCUGGAUGGAGGAAUGUCUACCCAGGGAGAAUUUGUCCUCAGAUUGCUUCAUCUGGCAGAUCGACAGUCUGAAAGGAAAUAACAUUAGUGAUCACCAAAAUAAUAAUGUAAAAUACUGCUGUUGAUUAAAUAACCCAUUGACGGGUUUAUUUUUUAAUCUAAUUUUUAAUGUUAAUCUGACUUGGAUUAAAAAUAUGUUUGUGGUAUCAAUAAAAUAAACC